AAACAAACAUGGCCGACAAUCAAAAAAAUAUUAAUCCAGUUUUGAUGAUUUUAUGUGGAAUUCCUGCCUCUGGGAAAACGCAUUUGGCAAAUUCCAUGAAAAAAUGGAGCAGGCGUUGCAAGGAGGAUAAAGUUCACGUUUUGCAUAUCUGUUAUGAUGAGUUAAUUCCUGUAAAUCUAGACUUGCAAACUUCGUCUCUCAAUGACCAAAAAGAGGACUUGGAAUUCGAUGAUCUGCACUCGAGCGCUAGCAUCUCAGCUUGGAAACAUUAUAGAAAAUUGAUUAUCCAAUGUGUUGAAAGAAUUGCACAACAAAUUCAGGACAUUACUUUUGACUUAAAUGAGGAAAACGAUGUUGUGAAAAAUACUUUUGAACUACCUUCCUUUCAAGAUUUCUGGAAAACAUUUUAUGAACAGACGGCAAGAAAGGAUAUGUCCUGUGCCUGCUUGAGUUCUCAAAAGUGGAUCCAUACUGCUCACAUACUACUGGUUGACGACAACAUGUAUUAUCGCAGUAUGAGGCAUGAGUACUUCCUUCUUGCAAGAAAAUAUGGUCUGGGCUAUAUGCAAGUGUUUAUAGAAUGCCCGGUUAACACAGCUUUGGAUAGAAACAGCCAAAGAGGAAACCCAAUAGAUAGGAACACCAUAGUAACCAUGGCAACUAAGCUAGAACCUCCAUCACCUGAUAAAUAUCCAUGGGAAGAGUACAGUAUGGUACUCGAUGCAAAUGAUGAUGGAACUAACUCCUAUUUAACCAGAUUAUUAUCAUUGAUGGCGGAAGCUGCUUUAAACCCUGUUCAACCACUGCCAGAAGAAAAUAAAGAAGAGAAGGAGGAAGCCAGAGCAGCAAACUUGACUAGUAUGAUGCAUCAAGCAGACCAGACCCUCCGAAAGGUCAUUACAGACAAAAUGGCCAAAGCAAAAGGUGAUGGUUUCACUAAACAAGAGAUGAGGAGUUUAGCAGAGGAACUUAAUUUAAGGCGAAAAACAUUCCUAGACAAGUUAAAAACUGAAGAAUCUUUAUUUCAGCCACUUGAUAACAAUGUUGGACAGAAAAGUGUCAAGCCAAUCUGAAAAAUGUGUGUGCAAAAUAUCUUCAAAUAAAACUGUUUUAUCAAUCAAACACAAUCAAUUGUUAGCACAAUUACAAAACAAAGAAGAAUUUCAAGAAACAAUCAAAAUGUUAUUUGAAUGCUUUAGACCAUAGGGAGCCCAAUUUAGAUAAGUGCUAGACAGAAAUUAAAUUUGUAAAAUAUGUUAAAUCAGAAAAAAAUGAGUUAGAGGCCAAGAAAGUGUGCUUCAUAAUACAAGCAAAUAGGAAAAUCAAGCAAAAAACCAGUAUGAAAUUUGUUGUUCACUAACCUUUUCCCGCUAUUCACCUUAGUCUUAAUGGCCACCAAACAGGGUUUGGACUAAGGACGAGUACAUAGAAGUGAGGUCAUAAAGGCAUUUUUCUCUACCCCACAUGAUGCAUCAUGGUUUCCAUGCGAGUUCUCUAUAGAGUAAUUCUUCAGAAGCAAAAGCAAAAACCUCCACAUAGAUAACCGCACACAUGUAGACUUACAUGUAUGUUUUACUAUUUUGUUUUACUAAAUUGGGCUCCCUGUUUUUAGACCUUCACAGAUGUAAAUUAGAAAUAUAUUGAAAAUGGAAAUAAAUUAUGCAACUGUAA